AUGGCCCCCACAGCAGGAACUCGUCUACGUUAUAAGAAUAAACAGACUAGAAAAUCGUUACAAAACAAGAAAAUACCGUCUCUCAAGAAUCGUAUUCGAGGCCUAAAACGUUUUCUUAUUCGUGGCGGACUUGGUGAUGCUACACGAAGAGCGAAAGAAGCGGAACUCAAGCAGUUGAUACAAGAACUUGAGAACAAUAAUCAAAUUGUACUCGAGAAGAAAAAUGCCGAAAAAUACAAAAAGCCACGGUUUUUUGAGCGAGUAAAGGUCAUGCGAAAGCUGCGUCAGGUGAAGAACCGCAUUGAACAGGCAAAGCAUGAAACAGAACGUAGUCAGUACGAAAAGGAAUUCAAAAUGUACCAAGAAGAGAUGAUGUAUAUUUACUACUACCCGAAAAGCGAGUCAUAUAUUCCACUGUAUGCUUCAGCACCUCACUCUGAGGAGAACGAAAAGCGUCAAAAGAAGCUCCGAGAUGCGGCUAUUUCUCGUUUUGAAGAGGAGCAACCGAUGGAUGCAUUUCAUCAGUUUUGUUUCAACGAUAAGUCAAAGGACUCGAGCGCAGCAGGCAAGACGAGAUCAGCUGCUGAACUCUUGCUCAAGAACCCUACGAAGGAAAUGGUAAAGAGACAAAAGAAAGCUUAUAGCAAGCGGGGCGCGACUAGAGAAAAAGUGAAGUCCAUGCCAGUCCUUGUAGAUCAGGAAGAAGACGACGAAACAAUGUCGGAUGUAGCUAAGCAGGACAGUGUGGAGGAUAAGGAGCAUGAGGAAAAAGAAGUGGACGAUUUCUUUCUGUAA